UAUUUAUUAUUGCCCCCAAAUUUUGCGUUCUAGUCCAAAAUACCCCGUGGCCUCCAUGCCCCCGACCGAACUGCAGAUCGACCGGCACCGAGCAAUCUCAACCUCUGGAGCUUGGCGGGACGGCCAUGGGGAACGCUCAGUCUCCUCCCGCGGAUCCUCGCUUCACUUCCGCCUCCAGAGCUUUUACUCGGAAAGAGCUGGAAGACCUCCGAUCGCUGUUCGUAUCUCUAGCUUUACAAUCUCAGAGCGGAGGUGAAUGCAUCAGUCUCCCCGUCUUCCAGACAUACUUUCAACUCCACGGCCCUCUAAGCGAAAGGCUGUUUGAUUUGAUCAAGCAGAAGCGGGAAGAUCAGAAGCUCACUUUCGAGGACCUUGUCAUUGCUAAAGCCACUUAUGAGAAGGGCACGGCAGAGGAAAUUGAAGAGUUCGUUUAUCAGUUUCUAGAUGUGAAUGGUGAUGGCGUUCUUGGGAGGUCUGACCUGAGCUCCGUUUUGAUCACAAUCUUUAAAAAUAUAUUUGAUAACGAUUUAUCGGAAGAUCAUGCUGCUUCAGAACAAAAUACAGUGCGGAUAUUUCUUGACAGUGCAAACUUUUCAAUAAAUAUUGAAGGACAUGAUGAAAAGAGUAUGUCUUUAGCGGACUUGAGGAGUUGGUUUGCAGUACUACCCUCAGUGAGGAAGUUCCUUGGGAGCUUAUUGAUGCCGCCUGAUCCAGGAAGACCAGGCUCUCAGGUACCUCGCCUGUCACAUGGAGAUAAUGUUGAUAGCAGCAUGAUCUUAUUGAAGAAAGAAUAUGCUUGGCAUAUUGGGGGAGCACUUGCUGAGGAAGAGCUUGAAGAAUGGAAGCUUUUGUACCAUAGUUCUUACAAUGGACUAAGUUUCAGCACAUUUUUGGGUAACAUAACUAAUAAUCACGGUAGAACAGUAUUGAUCAUUAAGGAUAAAGAAGGUCACAUAUAUGGAGGUUAUGCCUCUCAGCCAUGGGAGAGGCACAGUGAUUUCUAUGGAGAUAUGAAAUCCUUUCUUUUCCAGCUAUAUCCAAAAGCAUCCAUAUACAGGCCUACUGGAGCAAAUAGGAACCUACAAUGGUGUGCUGUGAACUUCAGUUCAGAGGACAUUCCAAAUGGCAUUGGGUACGGUGGAAGAGUGAACCACUUUGGGCUCUUCAUCUCAGCAAGCUUCGACCAAGGGCAGACCUUUGAGUGCACCACCUUUGGCAGCCCUUGCCUUUCCACGACCAAUCGGAUUUCACCGCAGGUGAUAGAGUGCUGGGAAGUCGUUCAGAGUACCAAGCAAGAAAAGCGAGAUGGUGUAAGAGGUACUGUAUUGGAGAGGUUCAAGGAGGAUAGGCAUAUGCUCAACAUGGUGGGGCUUGCAAAUUCCAGCGAGUGAUCCUGAACAUGCCGAUAAGCUCCACAGAAUCAGUCUUUCCCUUGUAUUUUCUUUUACUGCUGCAUAUACAUAGCGCACGAGUUUGCUCUAGGUUUGAACACGUUCAGAUCUAGUUUGCCCACAUUUUUUCGUAUCCCUUGCUGCAGAGUAGAGUCGAGUGUGUGUUUGUCCAGUUUUACGUGGUUCCCGACUUUUGCAGCACAUAAAUGCACAGCCUCAAUAAUUUGAAGCAACAGUA